AUGGCAGUCGAGCCGUGGGCCGCUCUGGCCGACGUCGCGGACGAGGAUGACCAGUCGCUCUCUGAGGAUGAAGGAGAUGGAAGCCAUGCUUCUCGUGAAGUCUGGGAGCACAGAGCUGAGGAGCGCGCUGCUGCGGAGGAGCUUCUGCGCGCUUCGCAGAUGCGCAUCGAAUGCGUGAAGGUUUGUGCGCCAGCACAGCUUCAAGAACUCGUGGAAGGUGCCCAUGCCGCCUUGGCACGUGUUCGAGGAGUGAAACAAAACUUCCUGAGGCGCUUGCACCCGGCUGCGGCAGCAGAACAUGCUGCAUUGCUUACGCAGUGGCAGCAGCGCAGCGGCACUAUACGAGUAGUGGUCAGGGUCCGCCCAAUGGUGGCACCAGGUCUUCCAGAGUCAAUUGAGCAAGAGGAGCCGGCAGUCAAGAUUCUGCCGGGUGCUGCACGACACCGAGGGAUCACCGUGGCCAUCCCCCGACGAGGCCGUGCUGGAGCGGAGGAGCAUAGCUUCAGGCGACUAGAUUAUGUGCUGAGCUCUGACAAGGGUCAAGAGGCGGUCUUUCAUGAGCUGCGGGCCAUGUUGCCAUCUGCAAGUCCAGGAGGCCUGGCUGGCCCGCCCCAGUCUGCUUGCAUCCUGGCCUACGGCCAGACAGGCUCUGGAAAAACUCACACUAUGCAUGGAGGAAGUGGUGAAGAGAAUUGGGGCCUCGUUCCCCGAGUUCUUUCUGAAGUCUUCCAGCUGGCCGGAGCAAGUGGCGCCACUGUGUCACUGAGCGCAGUUGAGAUCUAUAACGACACGGCGUACGACCUCUUGGACGGUGCAGCCACUUCAGCAGGUGAAGCAGCGAAUGAAUCUGCUGGUCGCGCGUUUUCAGCCGGGCGCCUGCCUCCUCCACCGGGGCUGAACUUCCGUCUGGGCUGCCAAUGUGCAUUGGGGCAGGCCACUUCAGUGGAUGUGCUGGCGAUGGAGGAGGCUGAGGCUUUGCUCCUCCAAGCUGCUGAGCGACGCAGCACCAGAAGCACGUGCUUUAAUGCGACCAGCAGCCGUUCACACAGCUUGGUCUUCGUUCAUGCGAGUCUUCCAGGAGCUCACGGUGAGCCCGCGUUACGCCUGGCUUUUGUAGACCUCGCCGGCUCUGAACGGUUGCCAGCAGAGGCUGGUGGUGCAGUGGCCGAAGAAAGCAGACAUAUCAAUCUUUCGCUGUCUGCUCUUGGCUCCGUGAUCCAUGCACUCAGGCAUCGUGCCAACCACUUGCCGUACAGGGCAUGCUUGUUGACCCGGCUGUUGGAGCCCUUUUUCAAGGCCAGUGGGAGAGUGCUGCUUUGUGUUUGCAUCAGCCCCGAGCGCCGCCAUGCGCAGGAAACGCUUUGCUCAAUGGCCUUUGCUGACCGGGCGAGUCGAGCAACUCUUGGGGCAGAGUCUGCACAAGAGGUGCAGCGUGGGGAAGCACUUGAUACCGUGCGCGAGCUGCACGCAGUCUUGCGGAUGACGAUCAGGGACCUGAUUCCGCAGUGCGUUGGAAUGCGGAACACCACUCGCCUUCCUGACUGGCUGGCAGCAGAGGUUCUUGCUUACAUGCCCGAGCAUGGUGGAGCCAUGUUUGUGUGCCGUGCGUGGGCGGAGAUGUGCUUGAGCUACAAGUGGUGGGGGCGCGUGUUCCGCAAGUCGCCGAGCUUGGCGACGCGUGUCUUGCAUUUCCUUAGCUCGAAAAUGGAAGCUGCAGGGGUCUGCAAGACCUGGUGGCAAGCAACAGGGUGUUACCGAGUGACAAUGGAGGCUUCCUCAGCCAAGGUCCUGGAGGCGGGUCAACGCGUAUGGAGUGCGGCUUCCGCGAAGACUCGUUCAGACAUUUGGAAGGCUCUCCUAGCAGCUGGUGGUGGCAGCGAAGUGGCAUCGAAGCCACUGGCACUGAUACGAGAGUGUGUUGUCACUGGUGCGCCGAAGCCAGAGGCCUUGCGGCAAGUGCUGCGCCGCUGCCUUGAGCUGCGCCUGGUAGAGGUGGCAGAGCCUGGUCUUGCAAGCCACGUGUGUGCUGGCCUGAUGCACUGCACUAAGCUCCGUGCCCUAAAGCUUGGCCUGACCCUUGUUCCCAACAUCACGAACCUCAGACAGGUCUUGCAGGCGUGCAAGCAGCUUCGGGUACUCUCUCUUAGCAGCAAUGCGGAUCACCUUGUGUCAUUGCAGUACUUGUCGGAGGAGCUCCCAAAGACUUGUUCUCUCCGAGAGCUCACUGUGGGACGAUGCAAUACCACCUGGAAAGACAUUGAGGCGUUGUGCAAGAGCGCAAAGAUGUUGCAGCAUCUAAGGCUGCCGCAAAGCUUCAUAGAAGUCGGUGGGCCUCUGAACCCUCCGCCACUGGUGCCACUGGCGCGCCUCAAGCUUAGAUGUGUGGACUUUCGAGUUCACUAUGGUCGUGCUCACAAGAACCGAGCCUGGCUGACGGAUGACAUGUUUGGCAUCCUGGGUCAGAUGAGACAUUUGCGAGAACUGCGGGUUGAUGGGCAGAAGCUCUUGAGUGAUCGCUGCUUUUGGUUCCUGCGUCGGCACCACUUUCGCUUGCGCCUGCUGCACUUCAGCGGUUGCCGCCCGAUGUGUGGUGAAAGUGUUUUUGGCUUGUUACAUCUUUGUGAAGGCCUCGAGUCAAUCAGGCUUCCAACGAUCAUCGUUGGACAGUCUGAGAGGAGGCUCGGAGUUGCUGGGGCCAAUCGCUGGUGCCAGGGUUUGCGCUGUGCCCGGCUACGUGAGUUUUCGGUCGAUGCCUGGCCAUCCUUGGAGGACUCUGGUGUGCAGAUGCUGGUUGCACGGUGCCCACAGCUGCGAGCCCUUUGGCUGCGACAGGCCCCUCGGCUGUCGGAUGAUGCAGUGACUUAUGCAGCUGGACUCGAGAAGCUGAAGAGCCUCUCCCUGGCCUCUGCAGCAGGCCUCACUGAUCGCUGUUUGCAAGAGCUACUUGGAUCACGGCUGCGGUCUUUAGAUCUGAGCUGCUGCAGACAGCUGACGGAGGGAGCUGUGGCAGAGUUUGCAAGCAAGGUGGCAGACACUAGCGGCCCUCAGCUCCAAUCUUUACAGCUGGAAGGUUGCCCUAAUCUGGGCCGUGCAGCUGCAGAAGCGCUCUUGGGUUGUGCAGUCUUCGAAGCUGCCGGCCGUUACCUGUGGUUCCCGGCGUUUGCUGGGGCUUCCGCUAAGCAACGGCAGUGCAGAGCUGUCAUGUUGGCCAGCGAUGAAGAGGCCUUGGCGGAGACCAGAGCCACCAUAGGAAUGGAAGGGGACGUUGGUCGUUUGCGAGCUCAAGCAUUGAACCUGAAGUGGCAAGCCUUGGUUGGAGAGGAGGCAGAUGAGGUGAGCCCGGCAACAAAGCUACAGAAGACCGCGGAGGCUGUUUUGCAGGCGAACCAGGCCUUUUAUGCAGCCUUCAACAGCAAGGAUUUGGAUGCCAUGAGCAAGCUUUGGGCUUGCGAGGUCACCAAGUGGGGACCGCUUUUGGUCUUCCAAGACGCGGACGAAUCCUUUAAGAUGAUGUGCAGUUGCACACAUCCACAUAAUCGACGAGUUCAAGGUCGCCCUGAGAUUGUGACAAGCUGGAAUCGAAUUUUCAGUAGCUCAACCUUGCCAACGCUGCAAAUCACAGAUGAGCGAGUGCUGGUCACCUCAGGGGACAUGGCAAUUGUCGUUUGCAAGGAAGAGACGAGCAAUGGAGGUCUCCAUGAAGCGACCAACACCUUUGCGCGGAGUCGAGGGGGCGACUGGUACAUUGUGGGUCAUCAAGCUGGACCAGUCAUGAUGUGA